UCAAGAAAAUUUAAUUCCAAACUUCUCGAUUUCCACCUGACUCGCGCAUGCUCAACGUAUAGUAACCACCUGUGGAUCAGAAACUUAAAAACUUCGUUUUCACUUACCUUACCGUGAUGUCAAUGAACUAUGAGAGCUACAUAGACCGUUUACAGUUUUUCAUAGGAAUUCCGCGCUUCUUAGGUCUUCAGUAAACAGAUGGUUUUGAAUUGCCAUCAAGUUUUCAUAAAUAAAGUUUUCAAGAAAUAUUUCACUGAAAAUCUUAAUAUUUACUAUACAAUAUUAUUGCCGGAUUCUUAAACAAUCUGUUACAUAUCGUAUACGAAAGGAUUCAAUUAUGAAAACACAUCAUACAUGAAUUCACCAGGAGAAAAAAGUGAUAGAAAAAUGCACGAACUAUUCAUGCAGGUCUUGAAAAAUAGAGACCUCUCAAAAGCUGGGGACCUUUUUUCAAUUCCAGAUGCUGUCAUAGUAAAUGAUGUAACCAAUGUUUUAAAAGAAAUAACAGCUAUAGCUUCACUACCAGAUUAUGUUAGUAACGAUAAUGACCAGAGUGUUGUUGAAAUUUGUAUUACAAGAGUUACCACAUGUAUUCGAGAAACUGGAAGUGUGGAACAACACUGUGAAGCUUUAGUUAAUCUUCUAGAAUCAUGUUUACAUCAUAACUUGAAAGUAUCAAACAAAUUGGAAGAUCCACCACAUGCAAAAAUCUCUAGUGAUAUUAUAUCUGCAAUAUUUUUAAAUUAUAGUAAAAGAUCUGUGAUGCAACGAGCUUUACCAGUUGCUGUAAAGUUUCUUCAUAAGGGAAAUAAGGAAUUAUCAAGGAAUAUGGCAUCUUAUUUAACUCUGGCAGCUCUAGAACAUGCUUCUCUACUCACACCACAUGUUCAACCUAUUAUGGACUCGAUAAUUUCUGGAAAUUAUCCUUUGUGCAGGGUAUUACCUAAUAUCUAUGAAGUAUCCCCUGAACCUUUUCAAGGACAUGCAAUGGCAUUAGUAUCACUCUUGUCUCAUUGUGACAAUCAAGAAAAAUUAGCCCUACUUCAGUUAUUUGCUUUGAUGGCAAGAGACACACCUUUGCUUUUAGAAGCAAGUGUUCCUCAAUUAUGUGAAUAUCUCAGCAAUCCGGUAACAGCGGCAGCUACUCUUCAGAUUUUUCUUCAUAUGGCACAAAAAAAGCCUGCGUUAUUAGCAGAUCAUGUAAAUGUUAUGAAAUUGGCAGCUCAAAAAUAUCCUCAAAUAAUCUGUUUGGCAGCUCAAGUGAUUAGUGCAGUCGGGAAACUCAGCAAGGAUAAAGCACAAGAUGCUCUUAAUUUUGUAUUAGAGCAUCUUCCGAAAGCUGAUAGAGGCUCCCAAAGUACUUUGAUGAGGGAAGCUACUCUCCUGUGUAGUUCUUAUCCAGUUUUGUUCACCGAUAAAGUAUUAACUGGAAUAAGACAAAGACAUCGUACAAGUACAAACCAAAUAAACCAGCCUGGUCCAAAUAUUCAAAAUAAUGUUACAUCCGGAGGAGUAACAAUAGUGAAGGUGGGUGGUACACAACAAGGGGUACCAACUUCUAAUCAUACUUCCCAAGUUGGUUAUACUCGGAGGGCGAAACUAGGAGAUUCUAGAAGUACAGGACGGUUGCACACCACCCAAAAUGCUAAUACACACAGAAGUAUGACAAGGCUGAAUAUAGCAGGUGGAUCCGUUGGAGGUCUUCACAAAAGCAUGACGCGUUUGAGUUCUUCUCAACAAAUAAAUGCAGUACCUGGUCAAGGGACUCCAGUUCCGGUUCCUCCACUCUCUAACAGUGCUAUAGCAAGAGAGCAUCGGUGGAAUAGUCCACGUGUAUCUAGCGGUGGAGUAACUGUUACCACUACCACUCCAAGAAUACAGAGGCCUCAAAGUCAGGGUCCCCUUUCUCUCAUCACAAACCAUAGCAAUCAGAUUAUGAUCAACAACCCUGUUUCGUCAUCACACAAUACAAGCAAUGCGGUAACUGUGAGUUCGGUGUACACAGGAGCUUUUUCUAGCGGUUUGGUAUCAGUUACUCAGACUAUUCCCAUAGGAUCAAGUAAUGUGAAUCUUCCAGAGCCGUCUGGAGCCCAAUCUCUGGCUAGUGGUAAUGUAAAUAUAUCUGGUCCCACGACCAUAACAUCACGAAGAGCUAAUAACACAACUGUAACUCUUCUCAAUGCUAAUCAGAAUUCGGUUGCUAAUCAACGUAUGAGCGUGUUUGAGCCUUAUCCAAUGAGGGAUACAAUACAGCAUUUCUGUGAAAAACACCUCGAUAAAAUUAAAAUUUAUAUGGAUAAAGUAUCCUUGAGGAUACCAUCACCUGCUAAAUGCACCAUAGAGGAGAAAAGGCAGAAGAAGUCUGCCAAGUUACAUUUUGCAUGUCAAGCUAAAGGGGAGCAUUGUUUGUAUGCUAAAACAUAUUUUACGAUGAGAACUAGAAACCCCAGAACUUGGAUCCAUCUGAUGUUCAUAUCUUUGCAGGCAAGACAUAAUCAUGCCCUCAGCUCAAGAGACGCCCAAGUUGCAAGCUUAAAACACUGCUGGGAUAUGUUGAAAUGUGAAAAUAAAACAUUUCUGACUGUGGUUACGAGUGCUUUCCCUUGUGAUAAGGAGCAGGAUGCUCUUAUAAACGAGUUGAGACAUUCUGGUUAUUUUGACGUUUUCCAAAUUUGCCAAUCUAUAAGCGAAGGAUCCUCAGAACAAUCAGAAAAUUUGAAAUGGGGUUGUUUCCUGUGCGCACAUCCAGAAAGGGCUGUCGGUUUUCUAAGAGAUUUUGAUUUAGGUGAUGCUCAGCCUGUGAUUGAAGGUCAAUUAAAAGAGAAAAAGGGUAAAUGGAGACUUUUCAGAAGGUGGAAGACAAGAUACUUCACAUUAUCUGGGGCGCACCUGUCAGUUAGAGGAUCUAGUGGCGGAGAAUCGAUAGAUGUUAAUCAAAUAAGGUCUGUCAAGGUUUCUAGAGGAUCUAGAAAUAUCCCGAAGGCAUUCGAAAUAUUCACCGGAAAUCAAACGUUGAUUUUGAAACCUAAAGAUGGCAGGAACGCAGAGGAAUGGGUUCAAUGUCUCAAUAUCGUAGUGGCUCAUUCACAUGCUAAGGAAUUGCCUGGAAAGAGCAACUCCCUGCCAGCAAGAGGGAUUGGUGCUAGUCGGACAGCUAUUUAAAAUUUACAUUUUUAUCCCCAUGUACUUAACGAUCGUGUUAAUUUAGUAUAAGGUUAUUGAUGACGAUGAGACUAUAUGGACAGGAACUGAAUAAAUCAGUUGAAUUUUCUUCAUUAGGUAAUCCCUUAAGAAUAUUUCAGGGUUUCCUUUAUUCCUAAUAUGAUGACUGAUGCCAUAUACACUUAGCACAAAAUUCAUCAUUUCUUUAUUUCCCAUUAAUUCAUCUUCCAAUUGAAAUUAUCGAAGAUGAAACGAUUAAGUUAAUCGUUUCAAAAAUCGAAGCAUUACUCAUUUUAUUUCAAUCUUCAUAGGUUUUUAGUUUAAUUUUUUCAACUAUGUCAAGGAAAGUUUUACCUGCUCUAUUACUUAAACUUCCUCUCAGACAUAUACGAUUCGAAAAAUAAUUAUAAAUUCUGUAUAUAUUUGACAAUUUUACUGUUAGAUGAAAUUCUUUCUUAUUCUCAUCAAUCUUAAACAUUUAUCAUAAUUGUUAAAUAUUGUUUUUAGUGUCAGUAAUAUUUCGAAAUUUACAUCACUUUGAAUAGGUUGUGUUUGAAUGCGAUUUACCCAAACACUGAUUGUUGGACUUGUUUUUACUUAAUUUACAAAUCAUAUUGAAGAUUUAUAUAUUUUAUUAUUGUUAUACAGGAAAUAUACAUUAUCUUUUUGUA